AUGUGCCAAAUUAAACCUUUUACACUGUCAUGUUGCGGUCUUCUGUCUUGGGACAUAGAACGUACGCCCAGCUGCCCGGCAUCGUGGGGUAAAGAGAGAUGCCCAGGAGACUUGUGUAUCGUAGUCGCCCCAUCCGACCUCCAGCAAAGAGACACCGGAGGGUGCUGGAGGUGCAAGAACAUGCCACAUCUUCAACCGCACUUCAACUUUGCGAAAACAACGCUUGGUUUGCAGGAGAGAACUCCCCAAGAGAGAAGACGUGAGAUCGAGGCGGCCGGUGCAUGUUGUUCUUGCCAAAGCACAUACGGCUGUGGGACGUGUGGAUCGAAGCGGCCUGAUGCACGGGAGGCUCUGGGAGAAGCUUUGGAAACUGUUUCGGAAGCAUCACCUGCGAUGGGACGUUCGACAUAUUCGGCACAGCGACAUAAGAAGACUCACGCACGGCCGGAGUCACUUUAUGACGUGAAGAAGAGAGCCAAGGGAAAGGGAAAAGAAAUCAAGAAAGAGUCUACUACAAGGACCACCAGAUCAGCGAGCCUCAGAACCCCUGGGAGAGUUACCAAACCAUAUAACCACUCUCCACGAGCAAGACCAAAUUCCGUUUCAUCUAACAGCUCAUUUUACGACAUCUCCAGCCCUCCUGGAUUCCCACCUUCCGGUCCAGGCGCCUUGCCUUCUCCUGCCGGUUCCGAAAACUUCAUCCAGAGCCCGUUUGGGGCCAACAAUACAUCUUCUCCCAUGUAUCCGAAUCAGCCUACACCUUCACAAAGCCAUUUGCAAGUCGACCAUCACUCUUUCCACGGGAUGAGCCACGCCGGGUAUGCAGCCAAUCUGCCGACAACGCGAAGCACUGCCAACAAUGGUUCUUCUAGACAGUUUCAUUCACCGCCCCAUCAGCCACAUACAAGUAGUCCUCUGACGAAGAUGGAGAGUAGUCCAAAAACGAGCGCAUAUCCUCAACAUCGCAGCCCCAAGCUAGGCUCCCCUUUCCAUAGCAAUAUGCAGACUCCUCAAGACUCUCCACCAAACAACGACUAUUUCGCCAGUCAUCUACCCGGUAGUAAUAACUUGAUGGAAGAGGACAUAGCCGAACCGAACCAGUUUCACCAGCAUUACCCUCAGAAUGAAGCAAUAGCAGCCAACUUUGACCACUCGCAAGAUGUGGCUGAUUCAGCUUUUGUUUCUCACCAUGGGCUACCAUACGACAUGAAUAGCGUCACUUCCAUGCAGCAAAGUCCGUCCGGCUAUCACGAUUUCACGCCCGACUGGAAUGGCCAAUUUGUUAGACAUGAAGGCAACUCCCAGACUAACGAUCAGCUGUUUCAGUCGACAACUCCCCAUGAAACGGUUAAAGACGACGAGCAGCGACAUCUCGAGGGCUAUCCAGAGCUUCCUAAGUCUCAGAAUAACUACGCAUAA